CUGUAAUAAAUGCUCUUGUUCUCUUGAAAGAAGACAGGCAGUAACUCUGAGCUUUUUCUUUUUCAACAAAAAAAAAAUGGAAGAGGGAAGAGUUGGUUUCAUACAAGAAGCUUUGAGAGGUUUUCUCAAGUGUUUAGGGUUAGAUAGUACCGGAGGAGGAAAAGACACUCCUCCCGUUGAAGGAGAGGUUGUGAAUAACCCUCCACCACCACUUAAUCCGACACCACAAACCACUUAUGAACCCAUACCCUCUGUAGAUGAUCCGUUUACCACCGAUCCACUGGUUGGAGCUCUGACGUCAUCUAUUGAGAAGCCUGUAGUAUCAACAAGGGAUAUUGGUGGUGAUGAGAGUAAUUUCAGUAUGGUUACUAUAGAUGAAAUUAUGAACACAAGCGGUGGCACAACCGCUGAAGCACAUUAUGUUGAGCUACUGGACAAUGGUACAAACAAUAUGAGCCUCCUUACUACUCGUCUAAUUAGCAGCGGGGGUGGUGGAAAAAGUCAUUGAAGCAUCAAAAAAAAAAAAAACGAUGGUGAUCACAUGCAGUGGUGAUGGUAAGACCAAUAUAUAUGGCCACUAAUAAAUUACAGUACGUUUGUUGGUCUUGUGAUCAUCAGUCAUUUCACAUCAUCACAUGUUUAAUGUAUAUGUCUGUCCAAGUUAUAUAAUAUGGUCUCUUUUUCGUAUGUGUGGUUUGGUACUAUUCAUGUCUUUAUAUUCUGGUUUGUACAAUUUGGUAGCUAAUGUACAUUUAAUAUUCUGAAUAUUGAUUUUGUAGAUAUCCAAAUAAAAGAUAAUAAACUGGUGAUGCA